AUUUAUUUCAGUAUAUUGUUGUGCAAAAUGGGACAUAAAAAACGUCCAAAGUCAGUGAGGAAUGCGCGGAGCGCGGCGCUUGCAUUGGAGGAAAAACGUUACACUAAAACUCCACAUACAAUGAUUUUUUCACGUCCCGGUGUUGGUAGUUUAGUGAAACAAUUAUCUCUCGAUGUAAGAGAGAUUUUCGAACCGUUUACAGCUAGCCGUUUACGUGUAACCCGUCAGAAUGUACUGAAAGAUUUUAUUACUAUCGCUGGUCCACUGAACGUAACACAUUUGUUAUAUUUCACACAUCCAAAUGAUGAGAAACGUGAACAGAAGCGUGCUCGUCGGUUAGCUAAAGCUUCUGCAAAACAUUUAAAAGAUGAAAAUCAUACAACUGAACAAAAUACCACUGUAACUCAAGGAGUAACCAAUGAAAGUAGUAGUAGCCACGGUGGUGUUUAUCUACACAUGAUUCGUGUUCCGCAUGGACCAAGUCUUACUUUUCGUGUUGCUGAAUAUAGCUUAAAACGUGAUAUACAAACUUUGGUUCGUCGAGUUUUCGAUAGUCGUCAGUAUAGUUCACCACCUUUGUUAGUAAUGACUGGAUUUGGUAUGGGUGGUACAAAUGCGAAUACAUCCGCUCCAUUGCCACAUCUACGUUUAGUUGUGGAUAUGUUUCAAAAUUUACUGCCUCCAUUAAAUGUUCCGAAGCUUAAACUUAGUACAGUAAAACGAGUUUUACUUGUUAGUCGGGAAGUUGACACUGCAUACUGUAAUACUACUACUAAUGACAAUAGUGGUUGUACUAGUGACGACACAAAACAGAACCAACCACAGCAAGUGAAUGAUGUGAUUUACAUUCGACACUUUCACAUUCGUACUGAAAAUCGUUGUAUAAGCCGUGCACUACGACGUCUUGGUGUUGGCGGUGCAAAAAUGAAACGUCGAUGUGUCGAUAACUCUGAAUUGAAAUGUGGCAUUGGUCCAAGUGGUUCAGGAAAAACAACGGGUGUACCAAAUUUAGCGAAAUAUUCGUCUAUGGACGAUUUUUUAACUAAAACAGGACUUUUAUCCGAUUCAGCAUUAUCAGAUAUUCUAUCAGAUAUGGAAGAAGUUGAUCUAGUUUCAGAUAUUCAGUUGGCAAGUUCUGGAUUCGCAAACACAGAUACUAUACAAUCACGUAAACGUAAACAUGGUCAUGGCACUAGUACAAUACAUGGAUUAAAACAUUUAGGCUCAGCCAAGAAAGCUACAAUUCGACUUACUGAAAUUGGACCAAGAAUUACCUUAAAUUUAAUUAAAAUAGAAGAAGGUGUAAACACUGGUACAGUUUUAUAUCAUCGUUGGCAAACACGUACAAUAACUGAAUUAGCUCAUCAAUCAGAAUGUUUAAGACAACGUGAACUACUUCGUGCAAAACGUCGUGCUGAACAUGAAGCUCGACGUGCAGCAAACGAAGCUGAACGUGAAGCACAUCGUGCUAUUUGUCUUGAAGGUAUGAAACGUGCUGGUCAAUUACCAACACAAGAUGAAGUUAAUACUGAUGAAAAACUAAUAAAUACUAAGAUGGUUAAGUUUGAAUUAGAUGAAAAAACUGAAAAGAAACAUAAAAAGAAAUUAGAAGUCAAUAAAAAAUCAAAGAAAUCACCGGUUAAAAAAGCAUUCAAAAGCAAUCUCAUUGUUAGAAAAAAGAAGAAAUAACAUCAGUCAUUUUUUGAUUCAUAAUUUUGUUUCUGUAUAAAUUCAUGAUAUUUUGUAAAUAUCUAUAAAUCAUACUUAUU